GAUGGGAGGACUGGGGAAAACUACAUUAGUGAAGCAAGUUUACGAAGAUCCAGAAGUGAAGAAACAUUUCAUGAUACGUGCUUGGAUAACUCUUUCUCAAUCUCCAAAUAUAGAAGAGCUCCUCCAAGGCAUGGUUCAACAAAUUAUGAGGGAGACCCAAGCAAAAGGUCCUCCUGUACAGGACAACAUGGAUAGAUUAUGUCAGAAGAUUAUUAUCAAGGACUUCCUACAAAAAGCAAGGUACCUGAUUGUUGUAGAUGAUGCGUGGCAUAUAAAUGAAUGGGAUGUGAUAAAACAUGCAUUGCCUAAUAACAACUGUGGCAGCCGAAUAAUUAUCACAUCCAGGAAUUCUGAUUUAGCAAAUAUCUCGUGCGGGGAAUUCAGAGGGAUGGUUUACAAGAUGGAGCCACUGCCAGGUGAAGAGUCAUGGAAGCUUUUCUGUGCAAAGACAUUUCAGGGGAACUCCUGCCCUCCUCAUCUAGAGGAGACCUGUAGGCUUAUUCUAAGAAAGUGCGAGGGAUUGCCACUUGCUAUUGUGGCCAUCAGUGGUGUUUUGGUUUCAAAAGACACGAGAAAAAGGCUGAAUGGGAUCUGGUUCAUCGAAGUCUCCGUACUGAAAUAG